ACAUGGCGGCGUCUUCGUUGGGGUGACUUUAAUUCUCUGUUUUCGCUUAGAGUCGGACGGCGCUCAUUUCUCUUCAGAAAGCUUGGAGCCCGUGGUGGAGCCGGGGAAGGGAAGGGUGGGUGCGGCUGUGGAAGGUGAGAGGGGAUAGAAAGCAUCCGGGCCGGCUCCCGGCGGGAGGAAGAUGGCUGAGAGCGAGCGGCAGCCGCCGCCAGAGUCUUCAGAGGAGACCCCUCCAGCCACUCAGAACUUCAUCAUUCCAAAAAAGGAGAUCCACACAGUUCCUGACAUGGGCAAAUGGAAGCGUUCUCAGGCAUAUGCCGACUACAUCGGAUUCAUCCUCACUCUCAACGAAGGCGUGAAGGGGAAGAAGCUGACCUUCGAGUACAAAGUCUCUGAGGCCAUUGAGAAACUGGUCUCUCUUCUCAACAUGUUGGACAGGUGGAUUGAUGAGACCCCUCCAGUGGACCAGCCCUCUCGAUUUGGGAACAAGGCCUAUAGGACCUGGUAUGCCAAACUUGAUGAGGAAGCAGAAAACUUGGUGGCCACAGUGGUCCCCACCCAUCUGGCAGCUGCUGUGCCUGAGGUGGCUGUUUACCUAAAGGAGUCCGUGGGGAACUCCACGCGAAUUGACUAUGGCACAGGGCAUGAGGCAGCCUUUGCUGCUUUCCUCUGCUGUCUCUGCAAGAUUGGGGUGCUCCGGGUGGACGACCAAAUAGCUAUUGUCUUCAAGGUGUUCAAUCGGUACCUCGAGGUUAUGCGAAAACUCCAGAAAACAUACAGGAUGGAGCCAGCCGGCAGCCAGGGUGUGUGGGGCCUGGAUGAUUUCCAGUUUCUGCCCUUCAUCUGGGGCAGUUCACAGCUGAUAGACCACCCGUACCUGGAGCCCAGGCACUUUGUGGAUGAGAAGGCCGUGAAUGAGAACCACAAGGACUACAUGUUCCUGGAGUGCAUCCUGUUCAUCACUGAGAUGAAGACGGGCCCGUUUGCAGAGCACUCCAACCAGCUAUGGAACAUCAGUGCUGUCCCCUCCUGGUCCAAAGUGAACCAGGGUCUCAUCCGCAUGUAUAAGGCCGAGUGCCUGGAGAAGUUCCCUGUGAUCCAGCAUUUCAAGUUCGGGAGUCUGCUGCCCAUCCAUCCUGUCACGUCGGGCUAGGAGGGGCUGAGUAGCCAGAGCCACCCUGGCUGCAGUUCCUGUGCCUGCCCCCCCACUCCAGCACGGUCCUGCCUGCCCCCUCUCUGUUCUUUCUGUUUGAUGAGAAGCUGUUUACUGGGGUGGGGUGGUAAGUGUGGGGUUGAGCGGGUGCUCACAGCAUAAGGCUGAGGACCCAAGUUGGGAGAAGUGACCAAAGUGUGGUCAGUUUGCUGACCUCCUCUGUGGUGGAUGGGCAAGAAGAGAGGGACUGGGAUUGGUCUCUGGGCCCCCCAUUCUGUUCUGGACCUCCCUCACAUCCCUUCUCUCCCAUCCACUCUCGGUUUGAGACCAGGGGCUGUUCUGCAGCACUGUGGGGGAGAGGAGGUAUUUUGCCGUUUCCAUUACUUUCCCUUACUAUCUCCCAAUGCCUUUCUAGGGGUUAAAGCGGUUGCUCCUCGCAGGGGUGGGUCAGUUUCCCAAGCCAUGUUUGGGUGGGUGUCUGUGUGCUUUAGGACUGAAGGCUGAGGCAGAGGCUGGUGGCCAGCUGGGCAGCUGUGGGGUGGGGAUGGGGUAGUGGAGAAACCUUAGCUGUUCUGGCUGCUGACCCUCCCAGGUUCCUUCUCAUAGAUGCCCCUUGGGCCUGAGGGCGCCUGUGUACAGAGCCCCAUCCUGGCUUUCUGUUCUCUGGCCCUUGGCUUUGCUGGGUUUCCUGGCUAUAGCCACACCUCUCCCCCUCCUCAAGGGUAGCCUAAUUAUGGCAGCUGCCCUUUGCGUAGGUGCUGGGCUUCUUGGAGGGCCUGGCUGAUUGGGUGAGGCCUGUCUUUCCUGAACUAUCCUUGACAGGGAGAGGGGUGGCAGAGACUCGGGGAGGGGUUUGGGGCCUGUUGUUUCUGUGGAGAGCCUGGAUUCCUGUUGGCAGCCUUAUGCUCGGCCCCUUGUGCUACCUCCUCGCUACUCCGUGCUUCACCCGAGGCCCCUUGGCCCUGCUGCUCUGUUCCCUUGGGCUGUGGGAGGGAUCAGGACGCAGCAGCUCCACACCCUUGUCCUCCCACCUCCCUGAACUUGCCCGUUGACUUUAUGGGAUGAGAUAAGUGAUGGCCUCCUAAGCCCAGGCAUUGGCUCUGAGGCUGGGCAGGCCCACUGAGGGGCAAUGGGUGCUGGCAGCAGCAUGCCAAUUGCCAAGUUUUCUCCUAGGGUUGUUCCUGGGCCUGGCUCCUGCAUGCUGCCCCCUGUCUAUGCUCAGGCCUGCCCUCUCCACUACCCCUUCCCGAAUCUGGGUGCACGUACCCUUUGGGAAGGCCGGGGCACCGAGAAGCACAGCACAGGGCUUGCAUGGUCUGGACAGGGGCUGGGACAGGAGCCACAAGAGUCACAGUUUCCCAGGAGAGGCCUAGCACCGCCUCCCUUCCAAGGCCAGAUCUCUGCCUUCCUGGCUCCUCCUGUGCCCCUGUGAGCCCCUUAGCCCCUCGCGCCUUCAUUGCUGUUCAGAUUAAAGCCUCUGUUUUGCACCUGUCA